AUGUCUGAUCGCAAGGACUCAAAGUUUCCUCCAACAAAGGCUCCCCUUCCACCAUUUGGCUCGCUAGGGAACCAAGGAAAGUCUGCUCUCCGCCGAGAGAACUUCCUGUGUAACAUCGCGGAUGCGAUCGUACCCUCAGGUCUCUUCAACAACCACAUGAAUCACCGUCUCGAUACCGCUUACAAGACAGGUGACUUCAAGAAGGCAGAGGUCGACGCCAAAGUUGAGGAGGAUGAUUGGGUCAACCUUACGGAUAAGACCAACAAAUCUGGCCCUGUCCAGAUCACCCCUAGGGCUGCUAACUCACCCGAGCGCCCCAGUAUGAUGAACAGAUCAUCAACCAGCUCUGGCUUCGACAAGACGAAGCUCAUGGCUAGAUCUUUCAGUGAUGCCAACGUUGCUUGGGCCAUUACACGCGAUACCGAACUGACACCUGCCGUAGUUGGUCAACCAGAUAACUCGAAGUUUGUCCUUCGUCGAUACGACAUUCGCGAUCCUACCAAGGUCGAAAAGAAGCGAAUUGAGUUGAACAUCGAUAGGUUCGACUGGAAUAAUGAGGAUCAUGUUGGUAGGCUCAACAAGGCUCGCAGACAUUGGGAGAUGAAUACUCUGGAGUCGAAUCCCCAGACGAGCGGGAGAUCUAGGGCCACUGUUGACGGCAGACGCUCACCAAUUGAUACCUUUGUCGGAGGCUGGUCACCAGGAGAAGAAGAGGCUCACGAUAACUAA